AUGGGAGAUCUUCCCAGCGAACGCGUUACACCAACUUACCCCUUUUUGAAAACUGGUGUGGACCUCUGUGGACCUCUUUUUUAUCGCCACGUUGGCCGCAAAACUCCACCAGUCAAAUGUUUUGUCGCCAUUUUCGUGUGCCUGAGUACAAAGGCUGUCCACCUCGAAUUGGUGGCCAAUUUAACCACCGAUGCAUUUAUUUCGGCCCUGAAGCGGUUCAUCGCACGACGUUCGAAGCCGACGAUUAUCGAAUGCGACAAUGCGACGAAUUUUCGAGGAGCCUCCCGAGCGAUAGCUGAACUUCUAGCACAAUUUAGAUCCCAACAACAUCAACAUGCAGUCGUUUCGUACUGUCUAGAAGAGGGAAUACAAUUUAAAUUUAUACCCCCUCGCUCGCCAAACUUCGGUGGCCUCUGGGAAGCCGCCGUGAAGUCGUUUAAAAAACACCUCAAAUCAACCAUCGGCACAACAGUGCUAUACAAGGACGAUCUAGAAACGCUAAUUGUCAAAAUAGAGAGCUGCCUCAACUCUAGGCCGCUCACUCAACUGUCAACAGACCCUGAAGAUUUGGAAGUGCUCACACCGGGACACUUCCUGGUACACCGUCCAUUGGUGGCAAUUGCAGAACCGUCAUUGGAAUCAGUACCUCUGAAUCGACUUGAUCGUUAUCAGCAGACCCAGGAAUUUUUGAGGCGAAUAUGGAAACGCUGGAGUACGGAUUACCUUUCCGGAUUACUUCCGCGUACGAAAUGGACUCGUCAACGGGACAACGUGACUGUUGGAUCCUAA